AUGGGCAAGACAGCUUCCAAACUCUCCAAGGACGACAUCAGCACACUCAAGAAGGCUACGUAUUUCGACAAAAGAGAGCUCCAACAGUGGUACAAAGGGUUUCUCAGAGACUGUCCAAGUGGCCAGUUGAGCAAAGUGGAAUUCAUCAAGAUCUACAAGCAGUUUUUCCCUUUUGGAGAUCCCACAGAGUUUGCAACAUAUGUCUUCAAUGCCUUUGAUACAAACAAAAGUGGCACCAUUGAAUUCAAGGAGUUCAUAAUUGCGUUGUCCAUAACCAGCAGAGGGAAUGUCAGUGAGAAGUUGGAGUGGAGCUUUAAUUUGUAUGAUUUAGACCAGGAUGGGCAUAUCUCAUUUGAAGAAAUGUUGAAGGUGGUCCAAAGCAUUUACAAGAUGAUUGGGCCAAUGGUGGAGUUGAACGAUGACGAAAAGACUCCAGAGAGAAGAUGCGAGAAGAUCUUUAAGAUGAUGGACAAGAACCAUGAUGCUAUGAUCUCGCUAGCAGAGUUCAGAGACAUCAAUCGAGUGGAUCCUUCAAUAAUAGAUGCACUACAACUAUAUAAAGAUUUGGUGUGA